UAAAAUGUGCAACAUGGACGAACGCGAGUAUGUUUGUAAACAUUACGAACCUUUUAUACAGUUUUAAACAGAAAAAUGUCGGCACAAACAGUUCCUUCCAGCCGUAGUACGGUUUACGUGUCUAAUUUACCAUUCGAUCUGACCAACAUCGACAUACGGAAGUUAUUUGAGAAGCACGGUCAAAUCGCCAGGGUAACAGUUCUACGGGACCGGCAUACUCGCAAAAGCCAGGGCGUAGCUUUUAUUCUGUUCACAAAUGCCAAAGAAGCGGAUCAAUGUUGCACAGCCGUGAAUAACGUUCAGAUGUUCGGUCGAACGUUGAAAGCUAGCAUUGCAAAGGACAAUGGCCGGGGACAACAAUUCGCCAAGCGCCGGGACUACCCUGAUAAAAGUCGUUGUUAUGAGUGCGGCGAACAAGGCCACGUGAGCUACAAAUGCCCUAAAAACGUGCUCGGUGACAAAUCUCCUCCCAGGACAAAAGGUAGAAAACGAGCAACGGCCGGCAAAAGAAGCCGCGAAGGAUUUGCUGACGAUAGCGUAAGCGAUGAAGAUGACGAUCGUAUUAGGAGGAUUGAGGAUGGACAGCGGCAAGCAUUGAAAGCGAGCGGAACAAAGCGAAUUCGGUAUAAGAAAAGUGCUUACUUCAGCGACGAUGAAGAAGUGGAUGAUGAAUGAGUUCGGAUAAAUUAUGCUACUGUUUCUUUUUACCGCUGACUACUUUGUGAUUAUGGAAAAAUUUCGCGACGAUAAUCAACCUUACGCGGAUCGCUAUGCGUAGUAAUCAUAGAACUCAACACCAACCCAUGGAUCCCACAACAACCAAAAAUCUU